AUGGCUUCUUCUCUCCAUAGCCUCUAUUUCUUUCUUGCAAUUUUUAUUUGCAGUUCUGUACAUGCUGCAAAUGUGCCUCCAUCUAACGGGCUUGUCCUUCCCGUUAAGAAGAACGUAAAAACUUCACAAUACUACACGACACUAGAAAUGGGCAGCAAUCGUGUCACGAUUAAUGCUGUCAUUGAUCUUGGCUCCCAGUUCUUGUGGUUUUCCUGUGAUUCCUACACUUCAUCAACCUAUAAUCCAAUUCCUUGUGAAUCCCAGAAAUGUGAAAAAGUGAAGGGAUUUGGAUGCAUAGGUUGCAAUCAGGCUCCUCGUCCGGGGUGCACCAAUGACACUUGUAUUGCCUCCCCAUACAGUCCCUUUGAAAAUUUGCUUUAUUCUGAAGGGUUUGCAGAGGAUACAUUAUACUCCAAAAAUAAUAUGAAAGUUUUCGAGCUUCCUUUUUCUUGCUUCCAUUUAGAGCACCUGACUGGUUUCGCCAGUAUAGCUAUUGGAAUGUUAGGCCUUGCGAGGACUGAGAUUUCCUUGCAUAAACAAGUUGCAGAUAAAUUCGAGUUACCUGACAAAUUUGCAUUGUGUAUACCAUCUGAUAAAGGGGUGGGGAAAAUAUUCAUUGGUGGGGGAAAGUGA